UUGAUCAGAGCAAAAACUGGUAGGAGUGCAAAUAUUUGAUAGUGAUCGAAUCAUUUGUCUCCUCACAUUGGUAAAUUCGAAAAUACAGUUUCAAAAAAAAAAGUGUUAAAGAUAAACUAAACUGAUGGAGCUGAUUAAUUGAGCGGCUCUACUUUAAAAGGUUGUAACUCAAAAACUGUUUGAGAUAUUGAAUUAAAAUUUUAGACCGUUAUUGUUAAAGGUAAAGCCGAACGAAAUAUGAAAACCCGUUUAUUUUUUUAAUUUCACACUAGAUGUGAGCUUUAUAUUGGAUUCUUAUAAAGCUUAUUCACGCCGUGUGCAUAGGUAUAGUGAAAUUACCGAUCACUUUCCAUAGCAGAAAAACCAUACACUCACUAACGUUACGAAGCAAAGCUUUUAAAAGCAUUUAUUGUUGUUUUGUGCUUUCCAUGCAACUAAACAAAUUGUGUGCAUCAAAGCAUAUUUUUACCUUUUGAAGACACAUAACUGGACAUACUUAUAUGCAAAUAAAUAAAUAAUAAAGGUUAACUGUUAAUGCGUCCACAAAAUGACGUCAAACUAAGAGCUUUUCUCUAAUUAAAAUUAAUUAAGGAUUAAGUGACGCACACACAGGUGAACAGUCGUUGUAGUCACUGUUGUCUCCUCAAUUUAAAAAUAAAAUAAUUUGAAUGUAGUCGGAUCUGUUGUCUGUUGUCUUUUAUUUAUUAUUAUUUUUUUUACCCUCUUUAAAAUAAAUUAACAAACAAUGUAGUUUUGAAUGUGUGGCUAAUAAAACAAGUUUCUGACGUCAUUAUUAAGCACGGGGAAACGUAUCUUAUCUGCAUUAUAUGCCCCAAAGCUUUUAUCGCAACGGAGAAUCAAUUGCUCUGGAAGAAUUAUUGGGAAGCAUGUACAGAUAUAAAUGAGUGUACGUGAUCAUUUAGUCAGUCAAUGCCACAAUAACGCUUUAGUGCAGUGGGUGUAAACAGCCAGCCAGCAGAGAAAGCAGACUUACGGGUAUUUUGCCUUUGUUAAGACUUUAAAGUGUUUUUAAAAAUAACUGUUUCGAAGCAAUGUCGUCGAAAUUGAUCUUGUAUGGCACCAAAAAGAGUGCACCCACACGAACCGUCUUGCUCACGCUUAAAGCGCUCGAUUUAGACUUUGAAUUUCGUGAGGUGAACAUCUUUGCCAAAGAACAAAUGCAGCCGGAAUUUGUAGAAAAGAAUCCUCAGCAUACAGUACCCACGCUUGAGGAUGAUACAAACAUACUGGUGGACUCUCAUGCCAUUGCCGGUUAUCUGGUGCGCAAGUAUGGCAAGGAUGACACACUCUAUCCAGCAGAUUUUUACGCGCGCGCCGUGGUGGAUCAUCGUUUAUACUACGAAGCAGUCACAUUGUUUUCCACUUGUCUUAAGCAAAUCACCGGUCCACUCUUUCAUCAGAAUGUCAUCGAUAUACCAAAAGAGAAGUUCGAGCAAAUAAGAAAUGCCUACACUUUGCUAGAAACAUUUCUCACCAAAAGCACCUACAUGGCUGGUGAGAAUUUGACCAUCGCCGAUUUCAGCAUCGUUUCGACGGUGAGCCUCUUAAGUGCCACAUUUGUAGCUAUCGAUAGUAACAAGUGGCCGAAGUUGGCGGAGUGGCUGAAGCGUUUGGAGGCGCUUCCUUACUAUGCGGAAAUCUCUGACGCCGCUUUAAAGGAAUACGCGGAAUUGGUGCACAGCAAACUGCCGAAGCAGUAUGAAAAGCUGUGGAAGAAAGCAUAUGAAGAAAUCAAAAGUAGUAGGCAGUGAGAGUGCGCGAGUCAUUUGGAUUUGUAUGUAAUUCUGGCGAUUCGUCGACAAUUCAAAUUUGUUAUUAUACAUUCAUUUGUUGUUUAUUGUUUGUUGCAAAAUGUAAAGUUGUAUUUAUAAGCCAAUGUUUAUACUCAUUGAUUAAAAAUAAAUUCUGCACUUUGUCAUAAGAAA